GAAUGGCUUUAGUUGGAUGCUGGAUUUUCACGGCGGAGUUGCGAGUGCAUGGGCGGCUCACUUCUCUGUCGAGAGUCAAGAAGGGCUGUCCGGAAAACAGGUUCACCAACUAGGAGGCAAUCUGUCAUAAAUAGCUAUUUUUCGGAAUAUUGUUAUGGGAUUUUCUAUGGCCAGCAUUGGGGCAGAUGGUGUGAAGCAGUGCGUCUCCUCGUCUGCUGACCGUGGCGCGAGUUCACUUCCCGCGAGCUUGAACCGUGACCUCUGACCUUACCAUGGACAGGCAGUUCAUCCCGCAUCGCCCCGCCCUCUUCCUGUGAGUUAUGGACGUGUGAUAAGAGCUGACAGCUGGAUGGUUGCUGGGUAGCGGAGCGGGCGUGUCCUCUCGUGAAGGCGGUAAGUGACUGAUGGCGGUGUAAUGGGGCGGGACGGUGGGAUUCUGCUUGCGGAGGACGCGGCGAGGGGAAAAUGAGCGAUCGGAGCCCCAGCACAGACAGAGCGAAUCCGCCGGGGGGGGCGGGGGGGCACGCAAGCGUGCAGUCUGAUGAGCCCCUCGCCAGAGCCACGGGCCCCCCCGGAAACAAGGCCAACGGGACGCCGGCUCGGCCCAAAAUGGGGGUGCGAGCGAGGACAUCCGAUUGGCUCCCCAGGACAGAGGGCUGGGAGGGCCGGCCACUGGCCGACCGCGAGGCGGCGACGAGCUUUCAGAACGGCGCCCGCGGGGACGCCCCCCCGAACUCCGGCGACCCUGCACUCCGAUACUCGCUGGACAACCUCCUGAGCGUCCUCCCCGCCCGCGGGCUGCACCCCGUCCUGCAGCGGAGCAGCAGCGACGUCACCAUCAGCGACAUGGACACCGACGACCCCGCCGACCGCCGCGCCCUCAACCCCAACACGGGCGCGUCUCUGCGCCGGGCGUACGGCAGCGCCUCCUCCAUCGACCAGCAGGGCGUGUGUGAGGAUGGGCUCCUCACCGCGCUGUGGGGGGGCCACGCCGACGCCCCGCCCCCCCGCGGCCCCUCCGCCCCCUCCCCCAGCCUGCAGACGGCCGCGCAGAUCGCCCGCGGGGAGAUCGCCAUGGACGCCGCGCCCCCGCACGCGCACGAGCGGGAGAAGGCCGUCUCUCAGCGGCGGAGGGCGGACCCCUCCGAGACCGCCUCCCUGUUCCGGAAGCUGCGGGGCGGGCGGGGCGAGCAGGAGGGGGCGCGGCUCCCCGGCGAGCAGGACGGGGCGCGGCGGCGGCGCGGAGCUCGGAAGUGCUUCGCUCACUACGACGUGCAGAGCGUCCUCUUCCACGUCGGCGAGGCGCUGGCCAAUCGCGGCAGCCCGGGAAGGAGGAGGAACACCUCCACGGGGGCGUCGGCCGCCUCGCAGCACCCGCCCCCGGGGGGCGGGGCCCCGGCCGAGCCGGCGCGGGCAAGCCGCGAGGACCUGGGGGAGGACCGCGACUCGGACGAGGGUGACGGGAAGAGCAGCGAGCUGCUGCUCAGCUGCCCCUUCUUCCGCAACGAGGUCGGGGGCGAGGGCGAGAGGCGGAUCUCGCUGUCCCGGGCCAGCGCCCCCCCGUACGGCGCGGGGGAGGGCUGCUCCUUCGAGUCCUCCCUCAGCUCCCACUGCACCAACGCGGGCGUGUCCGUGCUGGAGGUCCCGCGCGAGAACCAGCCCAUACACCGGGAGAAGGUCAAGCGCUACAUCAUCGAGCACAUCGACCUGGGGGCCUACUACUACCACAAGUACUUCUACGGGAAAGAGCAUCAGAACUACUUUGGCGUGGAUGAGAACCUGGGACCCGUGGCGCUGAGCGUCCGUCGGGAGCGGCUGGAGGACGGCAGGAGUAAGGAGGGAACGCAGUACGCCUACCGCAUCACCUUUAGAACCAGCGAGCUCACCGCUCUGAGGGGGGCCAUCCUGGAGGACUCGGUCCCCUCCACAGCGCGGCACGGGACUGCCCGGGGGCUCCCGCUGAAGGAGGUGCUGGAGGAGGUGCUGCCCGAGCUGAACACACAGUGCCUCCGCCUGGCCCUGAGCUCCCCCCACGUCUCCCAGCAACUGGUCCGGCUCGACGAGCAGGGGCUGAGUUUCCAGCACAAGGUGGGGGUGCUGUACUGCCGGGCGGGGCAGAGCACGGAGGAGCAGAUGUACAAUAACGAGAGCGCUGGCCCGGCCUUCACACAGUUCCUGGACCUGCUGGGACAGACAGUCCGACUGAAGGGCUUCAGCAAGUACAGAGCGCAGCUGGACAACAAGACUGAUUCUACAGGGACCCACUCCUUGUACACCACUUAUAAGGACUAUGAGCUCAUGUUCCAUGUGUCCACCAUGCUCCCCUACACACCCAAUAACAGACAGCAGCUUUUGCGCAAACGGCACAUAGGAAAUGACAUCGUCACCGUGGUGUUCCAGGAGCCCGGAGCCCUCCCCUUCACCCCCAAAAACAUCCGCUCCCAUUUCCAGCACAUCUUCAUCAUCGUCAGAGUCCACAACCCCGGCACUGAGAGUGUGUGCUACAGUGUGGCGGUGUCGCGGUCUAAAGACGUCCCCCCCUUUGGCCCCCCCAUCCCCAAGGGGGUGACCUUCCCCAAGUCGGCCGUGUUCCGGGACUUCCUGCUGGCCAAGGUGAUCAACGGCGAGAACGCCGCGCACAAGUCGGAGAAGUUCCGCGCCAUGGCCGCCCGCAUGAGGCAGGAGAGCCUGCGCGACCUGGCCGCCAACUUCGCCAGCGGCGCCGCCGUCGACUCGGGCGCCAAGUUCAGCUUCAUCUCGCUGGGCGCCAAGAGGAAGGAGAAGACCCGCCCCCGCCACGGCGCCCACCUCUUCAGCGUCGGCGCCAUCACCUGGAGCGUCCUGGCCCGAGACUUUGCCCGGUCCGCCCACCUGGAGAGCCUGCUGGCCGUCUCCAACGAGUUCAUCGUGCUGAUCGAGGAGGAGUCCGGGAACGUGGUCUUCAACUGCUCCUGCCGCGACGUGAUUGGCUGGAGCUCGGCGGCCCUGAGCCUCAAGAUCUUCUACGAGCGUGGAGAAUGCGUCAUGAUCUCUGCUCUGGAGGACUGCCAGGAGGACAUCAGGGAAAUAGUUCAGCGUUUGGAGGUUGUUUCUCGCGGCUGUGAGACUGUGGAGAUGACUCUGCGCAGGAACGGGCUGGGCCAGCUGGGUUUCCAUGUCAACUUCGAGGGCAUCGUGGCGGACGUGGAGCCGUUCGGCUUCGCCUGGCAGGCGGGGCUCCGGCAGGGCAGCCGGCUGGUGGAGAUCUGCGCCGUUGCCGUGGCUACGCUGACACAUGAGCAGAUGAUUGAUCUGCUGCGCACCUCAGCGACCGUGAACGUGGUGAUCAUCCAGCCACAAGAGGAUGGUACACCACGGAGGGGCUGCUCUGAGCUCUACAGGGUUCCCAUGGUGGAGUACAAGCUUGACAGUCAGGGGACCCCCUGUGAGUACAAGACCCCCUUCCGGAGGAACACCACCUGGCACCGCGUGCCCCCCCCAGCGGGACAGGCCGUCCCCCGCGCCUCCCCCACCCUUCAGCAGGCCUCACCCUCGCUCCCCCGAACCGCCUCCUUCGACAGGAAGCUGCCCGAUGGCUCCAGGGGGGCUCAGGAUGCAGACACCCCCCAGCCCCCCCUCUGCAGUAAGGGGGACCUCGCUCUUCAGUACCGCUGUUCCCCUAGCAACCAGUCCUCCUCCAGCGACCCAGGACUCUGCGGCAGCGGGCAGCCCGGGUUCGAGACGCUGCAGGAGCACGCAGCCGACGGCCGUGGUGGCUAUGGCGACAGGGACACACUGAGAGAAGUGGUGCUGGAGCGAGCUCGAUCUGCCGAGGCCAAAUGGCACAGCCCCUCCACCAAAAUCCUCAACUCCCUGAAGAGCGAGGGAGGCAAGGACUCCCCCAGCAAGCUGUCCCGUGUGGGAGAGAGGAGCUGCUCCAGCCGCUCCAGCAGUAACACACUCUCCAGCAACGCGUCCAGCGGCAGCGAUGACAAGCGCUUCGGUUCGGGGGACCUGAUGGACCCCGAGCUCCUGGGACUCACCUACAUCAAGGGCGCAUCCACGGACAGCGGCAUCGACACCGCCUCCUCCUGCCUGCUGGCUCCGCCCCUGGCGGGUUUGGUGGGUGCUCGGGUUGGCCUGCAGUGGGGCGAGCUCCCUGAGGACAGCGGCCUAGAAGAGGAGUCGGCCAAGAUCUAUUUGCCUUCAGGCCACGCCUCCUCAGUUACUGCCCCGCCCCUCGCAGGCGGGAGCAUCGGGGACCUCAGUGAGAUCUCCUCCCAGUCCAGUGGUUCCCAUCACUCUGGCAGUCCCGCCAUGCGAGGUCGUAAGAUCAGCAGCUCUCUGGACCAGUCCAGGGUCUACAUCGUCCCGCAGGGCUCCGUGCUCCCCGGGACAGGUCCCGACGUGCGCACGUACCCCCGCCAGCCCCCGGCUAGCAAAUACCUGAUUGGAUGGAAGAAAGCAGAGGACAGCCCCCCUCUUGAAGAGCAGGGGAACCUGGUGGAGUGUGGGCGGCUGUACGCGGCUGAGGCGACCUGCCGGCUCCGGGCAGCGGGGCGGGGCCCUCGCCUCCACCACAGCCUGUCCAAGGAGGAGCACCUGAGGAUGAUGCUGGACAGCCACCAGCAGGAGAACAGCAGGAGAGCGAUGUCGGCAGCGGGCAGUCUGUCCCCGCACCGCUCGCUGUGCCGCACGCUGUCGGACGAGAGCGUGUGCGGUAACCGGAAAAGCUCCUCCUACAGCGGCUCCCACAGCUCGGCACUGGACCACGCCCUGCCCAACGACAUCCUGUUCAGCACCACGCCCCCCUACCGCUGCACCCUUCCCCCCCGAACGGCUGCUAGUCAGGGGGCCGCCAACCUGAGGAAUGAGGUCUGGUUCUCUGACGGCUCCCUAGUGGACCGGACCAAGUUCUGUGAGCCAAGCAUCAUGCCACUCCCUGACACGGUGACCGGCCUGGACUGGUCUCACCUGGUGGACGCAGCGCGGGCAUUUGAAGACCAGCGUGUGGCGCCCUUCUGCACCCUGACGGACAUGCAGCGGGCGGAGGCUCUGCAGAUCUCACAGGAGCUGCGCAGACGAGCAGCGGGAGUAGAAGCAGCUGUGCUGGAGCCGGGGGAUAGCUCUCCAGCCAUCCUCACUGAUAAAGUGAACCAGUUGGAAGUGAUUCUCAGACAGCUGCAGUAUGACUUGCAGAAGGAGAAGGAGGAUAAGGCGGUGUUGGAGGAGGAGGUGCAGCACCUGCGGCAGGAUAACAUGCGGCUGCAGGAGGAGAGCCAGACAGCCACCGCCCAGCUGAGGAAGUUCACUGAUUGGUUCUUCCACUCCACCGACAAGAAACCAUGAAGAAGCCCCUGCCCCUGGGACAAAAGGAUCUCUGCUCUGCCCAGGACACGCCCCCUUGCACUAGAAUGUAAAACUUUAAGAGUUUAUAAGCUGUACACUGUUAUGGGCAUGGCUGUUAAAUAAAUAGUUGUGGACCUGACUGUGUAAAACACACACAUUUAUGGGCCUGACUAUGUACUGUAAGAGACACUUGACGGACACUUGAUGGACCUGACUGUGUAAAAUACACACUUUUGCGGGCGUGGCUGUGUAAACUACACACUUGUGGGCGUGGCUGUGUAAACUACACACUGUUGUGGGCGUGGCUGUGUAAACUACACACUGUUGUAGGCGUGGCUGUGUAAACUACACACUGUUGUGGGCGUGGCUGUGUAAACUACACACUGUUGUGGGCGUGGCUGUAGUGUCUGUCUGUGCUCUCAAAGGAUGUGCAGUACUUGGAGCUUAAUGAGGGAAGAAGGUUCCGGAAACACAGGAAGUCCCUCCCGUCCAGGGCAGGAAUCACUGGGGAAUGAAGCUGGGUGCUCCUAGAGCCGGACCGGGUCAGAACCAUCAGAUCCAAACCAGCGGGCCUCAGAACCACCAGGCUGUAGCUCUGACGUUAGAAGGUGCUCUCUCUAGAUUUACACAUGUAUAAAUACGUGUUUCUUUUCCGUAAGUAGUUUAUUUCCAUGUCCUAGCAAUAAUAAGUAGUGAGUGGGUAGUCACAGAGCUGUGUGUAACAGUUAGCACUAAUGUGAUGAGUUUGUGUCAGAGUGCCACUGUUUUCGCCAUGUUAUUGUACAGGAACUGACGAUCGAUUAUUAUUUUUUCUUUUUUUUUCUUUUUUUUUUCUUUUAAAGAAACACAUGCCCUGUCUGUGACUCACCGUGUGUGUAGUAUGUGAGCCAGUAAGCCUCAUUCACUGCCAAAAUGUGUUUACCUUCGUACAGAAACCCAGAGAACGUGUGUCCCGUUUAACAGCAGUAUUGAAGCCUGUUGUAAACUGCUGUUCUUUUUUUAUUAGGAAUAUUUGUUUUUUCCCUGUUGUUCUGCACUAAGAGAGGGUAAAGCUCUGUGGGGAGGCUGCCAGGGUUAUUAAUCUAAUAACGAUGUUUUUACAAGAUGCCAGCGUUUGGAUGCUGCUUGAUUACAGGUGUGUUUGCUUUUACACGUGUCCGUUUCCUUUAAAGAUGGGACGUUGUUUGCUUUUUUAAAAUAAAUGUAGGUGGUAAAGAUGAA